UUCUAUCCUAUCAAAUUUGAAAGAUUUGUUGGAAUAAUAUAUACAUAGAUAUUUGCUUUUAUUUUUGUUGGGAACCAACGUCUUGCUUCCAAAAACGUGUCGAAAAAUAUCUUAAUGAAUUGCACAAUAUAAACAGAAUCAUAAAAAUUUUAAAGCAUUGUCUAUCACCGUAUUUGCAAAUAUAAAAUUAAACUUCCAGAAUUUUUUCUUUGACGAACAAAUGGUAGACUGAUAAGAUGGCCUAUCAAACUUUAAGACAAAGUUUUUUAGAAAUUCCCGUAGUCACAAGGAUUUAUACAUCUGCCUGUGUUGUAACUACUGUCGCUGUUCAUUUAGAGUUAAUAUCACCAUUACAAUUAUAUUUUCAUCCAACACUAAUUGUUAGAAAUUUACAACUAUGGCGAAUGGUGACAGCAUUUUUGUUCUUUGGUUCCAUAGGAUUUAGUUUUUUCUUUAAUAUGAUAUUUACAUAUCGUUAUUGCCGAAUGUUAGAAGAGGGCUCGUUUAGAGGCCGUAGCGCUGAUUUUGUUAUGAUGUUUUUAUUUGGAGGCUUUUUAAUGAUUAUAAUGGCAUUUUUCAUUAAUUUAUUUUUUUUGGGUCAAGCUUUUACAAUAAUGUUAGUAUAUGUGUGGGCAAGACGUAAUCCUUUUGUUAGAUUAAACUUUUUUGGACUACUGAAUUUCCAUGCUCCAUUUUUGCCUUGGGUACUCCUAGGUUUUUCAAUGAUACUUGGAAACGCAAUUUGGGUUGAUUUAAUAGGGAUGGGUGUUGGACAUGUAUAUUACUUUUUGGAAGAUGUAUUCCCAAACCAAAGAAAUGGUUGUAAAUUGCUACGUACUCCGAAUUUUCUGAAAGUGAUAUUUAAUGAACAUAUUGAUAGAGAAUAUCAGCCUUUCCCAGAAGAUAGACCCGGUGGUUUUGAUUGGGGAAGAGAAGGGGAACGUUUAGGUCAACAAGAAGAUAGAAAUGACGAAGAAGAACGUCGGCAACAAUAACCACCAAUGUAAUUGUAGCAAUUAAAAAAUAAAAUGUUUUAAAUUAAUACAUCCGCACUAAAAUAGUUUUUAUGAAGAAUUUGGGAAUAGGUAUAUAUGCUUAACAAUACCUAUGUGUUGAUUUCCAUUAAUUAAGAAUUUGUAUUAAACUAAUUUUCUUUAAUAAAGUCCUUUUUUUUUGUUUGAGAAUUAAGUAAAUUAAAUUUUGAAAAACAUCUUAUGUUUAAAAUAAUUAAUUUAAAUGAAGUGUGUACUAUACGUGAAAUAAAUUUUAAAUCAAGAAUUAAAA